AUGGGGAAGACGAUCGCCGCCCUGAAAGACAGGCACGUGUUUCUGGGCCUCAUUGGCGAGUUCGCGGGCGUGCUGUUGUUCCAGUUCUUGGCGGGCGGCCUGGACGUCGUGGAGAAUUCCGAGAACUACCCGGACCUCACGAACAAGGAGACGGUGGCGAUCCUGGCGCUGGGCAACGGGCUGGUGUUCGCCGUGCUGGUGUAUCUGGUAAGGCACACAUCGGGAGGGCACCUCAACCCUGCCAUCACUGUCGCGGUGACCAUCAGCGGGCACAUGCACAUCCUCAGGGGAAUCUUCUACAUCUUGGCCCAGGUUCUGGGAGGCAUCGCUGGGGCGCUCUUGUCAUACGCAUUCAAGGCAGGUGGCUCCUACUGCUAUGAUGUUGAGCAUGACACAUUCGCUACGGGCUGGCAACUCUUUGGCUGGGAGGCGAUCAUGACAUUUCUGCUCAUCAUGGUCGUCUACUCAGCAGUCAUCGCACCUGGGCACGGGGACAUCGGACCAUUGGUGAUCGGCCUGACUGUCACAGGCUGUGUGUGGGCAGGUGCCCCCAAGUCUGGCGCCGCACUCAACCCCGCUCGUGUCAUUGCGCCCACCAUUGCCAACAUGAUUGACGCCCAGGGCACAGGCAGGUGCCAUUUUGGCAUUUUCUGGUACUACAUUGCAGCCCAUGCGGUUGCAGCAGUGGUGGCAGCAGUUGGGGCACUCAUCGUGCAUGGCCCAGGUCCACACUACACUGCCAACAAGGACGUGUCGCGGGGCAGGGCAAGGGGAGGCAUUGGACAGAGCCUCCUGGAAUCUGAGGGCCUGCAGGCCGGUGAGGAUGACAUGGACACUUAA